AGCACAACCGUUGGAAGCUAGGCAGUUGUCACUGCUUAACUAGAGUGGACGUUUCCUCCAGUUUGGUAAUUUCCAAUCAAACCUAGUAGAAACGGUUUUUCCGUGGCAUCAAGUGAGUAAAAAAUAAUCAUCACUAAGCCGUCUGACGAAACAAAAAAAAAUGGAUGACGGUAACAAGUUUUCUGAAUUAGUUGGUGGUAUUUCUAACACCCAUCCAUCUCAGAGAAAACUCCCUCCUCUAGAAAAACGAUACUUACUCGCUGUAGAACGUGGUGAUUUGGCUACGGUUCGAAGGAUCUUGGAAAGGGAUAAAGAAGUAAAUUCGUCCUCAUUAGAUGCUAAUUGUAUUGAUCCUUUGGGAAGAUCAGCUAUGCUUAUGGCUAUUGACAAUGAAAACUUGGACAUGCUAGAACUACUUGUGAUCGAAGGUGUUCAGACGAAUGAUGCUUUAUUACAUGCUAUAAACGUGGAAUAUGUAGAAGCCGUAGAACUAUUACUGGAAUACGAGGAAUUCAUCCACAAAGAAGGAGAGCCAUAUAGUUGGGAGCGAGUGAGUCAGGACACUGCAACGUUCACACCAGAAAUUACGCCUCUGAUUCUUGCAGCCCACAAAGACAACUACGAGAUUUUGAAACUUUUGCUCGAUCGUGGCGCCACCUUACCAAUACCUCACGACAUGCGCUGCGGUUGUGGAGAGUGUGUAGCAGCUGCUCGUGAUGACUGUCUUCGACAUUCUCGCUCGCGUAUCAAUGCUUAUCGAGCUCUUUCGUCUCCAUCACUUGUCUGCUUGUCAAGUGUUGACCCAAUUUUGACAUCUUUUGAACUAAGUUAUGAGCUGAAUCGCCUAAGUUACAUCGAAAAUGAAUUUAAAGAAGAUUAUCAGUCUCUCAAAAGAUGUUGUCAGAAUUUUUCAACUUCUCUAUUGGACCACGUGAGAACAUCCAAUGAGUUGGAAAUUGUAUUGAAUCAUGAUCCAACGAAGCCACCUUACGAACAUGGAGAACAGAUGUCAUUGGCCAGAGUUGAAAUGGCUGUAAAUUACAAACAGAAAAAGUUUGUUGCUCAUCCAAACGUCCAACAACUGUUAAGCAGUCUUUGGUAUGAAGGAUUGCCUGGUUUCCGAAGGAAAAGCGUCAUCCAACAACUUUGGAAGAUCAUCAACAUCGGAGUGUUGACUCCUUUCUAUGCAAUGAUGUACAUGUUGAUGCCGAGCAGUGAAACAGCCAAACUGAUGAGGAAACCUUUUGUCAAAUUCAUCAUCCACUCUUUCUCCUACCUGUUCUUUCUAUUCCUACUGAUCCUGGCAUCACAGCGGAUCGAGACAGUUAUCGUUCAGCUGUUCGGAACUGAAGAGAUGAAGGCAGAAUUAAGGUAUUCUUUAGGAAGACAGAAAGGCCAGCCUCCCACAGUAACAGAGUGGUUUAUCGUUAUUUACAUAAUUGCUCACAUAUGGCAAGAAACAAAGGAAUUGUGGUCUAGUGGAAUAGUGAAAUAUUUCCAAAAUAUGUGGAAUAUCAUUGACUUUAUCCGUAAUAGCUUGUACGCCAUCACAGUUGGAAUGAGAGCAUUAGCCUACAUUCAGGCCCAAGCUGAAAUUUCAGCUGAUUCUAGUGCUGCUUUUGUACCAAGAGAGGAAUGGCCUAUGUUUGACCCAAUGCUCGUAGCUGAUGGAUGUUUUGCAGCAGCAAACAUUUUUGCAGCUCUGAAAUUGAUCCACAUCUUCUCUAUCAAUCCCCAUCUUGGACCUCUACAAAUAUCCCUAGGUCGUAUGGUGAUAGAUAUCAUGAAGUUUUUUUUCAUUUACACGCUAGUUUUGUUUGCCUUUGCCUGUGGCAUGAACCAGCUUCUGUGGUAUUAUUCAGAGUUGGAGAUGGAGCAAUGUUAUAGCCUACCUGGCGGGGAACCCAACUGGGGGAAGCAGAGAGAUGCUUGCAUAGCCUGGAGAAGAUUUUCUAACCUGUUUGAGUCAGCACAAAGCUUGUUCUGGGCAAGCUUUGGGCUGAUUGAUCUCGGGAUUUUUGAACUUAAUGGAAUCAAAGGCUAUACUCGAUUUUGGGCUUUACUGAUGUUUGGAUGUUACUCUGUAAUCAAUGUUGUGGUGCUCCUGAACCUCCUUAUUGCCAUGAUGAAUCAUUCCUACCAGAUAAUUUCGGAACGUUCAGACACUGAAUGGAAAUUUGCUAGGAGUAAGCUGAUCCUGAAUUUCUUUGAGGAAGGAAAUACACUUCCUCCACCCUUCAACAUCAUUCCGAGCUUGAAACAUGUGAUGCGCCUAUUUGGAAAACAUCAGCCUCGGAGAGACAUGUCGAUUAGGAAAAAAGAAACCAAAGAGAGGGAAAGGGAAUCCCGAUAUCAAUCUGUUAUGAAAAACCUUGUUUGGAGAUAUGUUACUGCGCAGCAACGAAAUGCUGAAAACCAGUCUGUAACGGAAGACGACAUCAACGAAUUGAGACAGGAUGUCUCCUCCUUCCGGUUUCAGUUGAUGGGCUCAUUGAGAGAAAGUGGUGUUAUCAAACCGGAGAUAAAAGUGGAAAAGUCUGAGGCUACCUGCAAGAAGAUAAAAGUUCGAGAACGACGACUGUUGAAAGAUUUUAACAUCGGAUUAGUGGAAGGUUGCUCAGGCGAAGCUCCUCCUGACAUCAAGACUAGUGAAAAUAAACUUUCUUUGAAGUCAGGUAACCAUCAUCCAUCUUCUAAAUGGAGAGAAAUGAUUACAGAUGCCAAACGAUCCCAAAUCGGAAGUAGCAGAAGCCUAGAUUCUACGGGUAGAACAGAUAGCUUAAGGAAAUCAUUAGAGAAAGAAAUUGAUCUACACACUAUAGCACCUGUAAACGAUACUAUUCGUAAGGAAGGAAUUCUUUGGAGGUCAGUUUUUGAAGAGAAUUUGUUCAAAGAUACAAAUAAUAUAAAGUUGAAACCUGAACCUAAUUCAGAGCUUAAGCAGUCACGUUUAGAGGAUAAAAGUGAUUCUUCAUCAGUUAAUGAAAUCAACCAGCUUGAGCCAGAAAAAGAAACUAAAUGUUAUCUAUACAAUAAUUACUCCAGUAAAAGAAACAUCUCCAAAGAUAAUCAGGGAAAUCAAAAUGUUUCACAGUCAGUCAGUGACCAGGAAAAUAACGAGAAAAUAACUGUAGUACCAGAAACACAAGUUAAAAACUGUUUGAACCAUCAGAUGUUUCCUCUACUAGGAAACAUUGAUGAUGAAACUAGAAGUGGUUAUUUUUACAGGACACUUCCCCAAAAGCCAUCACAAUGUGGACAAACUAUAUCAAACAACACCUCUAGAACACUUCCUCCUUCUAAAAAGUUAACAGCAAUUCAAACAAUAAUGCCUCCAAACUUAAUUGAUAACACCAUCUCCUCUAGCCAAUCACAGACUUCAACGUUAACUGAGAGUUCCAACCCAGCUACCGAGCAAUUACACGAUAAUAAGGGUGACAUACAGAAUUCAAAGCUAUCAACAUCCGGACAAGAUGAGUCACUUCCACAAGUACUUGAAGCUGGAGAAGAUCUAAAUAAAAUGACAUCUAAAGUCAUUAAUGUUAAUAAAACCAUCAUGGUAGACGGUGGUAUAGAUAACGCUGCUUUUGAGAACUCACUACAUAAAGUAACUGAAGACACCAUAAGACCUACUGAAACCCUAGAACAGAAUAUGACCAAUGUUUCUAGAUGUCACUAUCCAAUUAUUGCACCUAAUGUGAUGGCCGACCCCAUUCACACAGUAGAAAUGCCUCAGGAUUCAGAUUCAACUGUGGUGGAGGUACCCCCUAGCCCCCGCAGUGGUCAGAAGGUAGAUUGCGAAAAUCGUAUUCGUCUUCCUCCACCUCCACCACCACCAAUUUCUGGUAAGAAAUUGCCCCUAGGGGAUUAUCAGCAAGCAGAUUCAUCCUCAAGCUCUGGUAAUUCAACAGCAUCUUCACCAGACUCUGGACGACAGUUGUUGAUUCCAAUCUCACAACAUGUUCCAGAUGUUGCCACUAUCAAACGACAUCAUCAUAUGGGCUGGAUGUAAAAGGAAAACAACAAAUUUGUUUCGAAUAUUAGACUACUGGCUUUAUAAGCAAUAAUGUAGAUAAAGCCACAAGACGCUACUGUAAACGUAUGUUAGUAUAUGCAUCUUAAAAAUAUUUGAUGCAAUUAGGACAUAUUAAAGCUACUAGACACUGUAUC